AUGGGGCCCGGGAGCGCUGCUCAGUGUCGGAGAGAGCGAGGAAAAAGUUCUGUUGACUUUCUUGGAAAGCGUUCAAUAAUCAUCAGGGACUUAAGUCACAACAAAUUAUCUUCAAUCAAGACCAGUCUCUUGGAUCACCUUCAUAGUCUUCAGGAAGUGAAGCUGAACUACAAUGAACUGGAGAUCAUUCCAGAUCUGGGACCAGUCUCUGCGAAUAUAACUCUUCUGUCUUUGACCAGUAACAAGAUUGCCAGUGUUUUGUCUGAACAUCUGAAGCCAUUUCAGAGUCUAGAAACUUUGGACUUGAGCAACAACAACAUAUCAGAACUAAAAAUGUCAUCAUUUCCAUCAUUACAGCUCAAGUAUCUGCAUUAUUUCAACAGAUAUCUUAACAAUAAUCGAAUAACCUCCAUGGAGCCUGGUACCUUUGAUAACUUGUCUACCACACUUCAAGUAUUGAAACUGAACAGGAACAAAAUUUCAGCAAUCCCUCAGAAGAUGUUUAAACUCUCCCAUCUGCAGCACCUGGAGCUGAAUCGCAACAAAAUUAAAAAAAUAGAUGGGCUUACUUUCCAAGGACUUCCAGCUUUGAAAUCAUUAAAGCUGCAGAGAAAUGGAGUUACGAGGCUCAUGGAUGGUGCUUUCUGGGGAUUGACCAACAUGGAAGUCUUGCAGCUGGACCAUAACAACUUAACAGAGGUAACCAAAGGCUGGCUUUAUGGCUUGCUGAUGCUGCAGCAACUCCAUCUCAGUCAAAAUGCCAUCAGCAGGAUCAGUCCUGAUGCCUGGGAAUUUUGCCAAAAACUCAGUGAGCUAGAUUUGACAUUCAAUCAAUUAGCAAGGUUAGAUGAUUCAAGCUUCAUUGGUUUAAGCGUGCUGGUUGGACUAUACAUUGGAAACAACAAAGUAAAUUACAUUGCUGAUUGUGCCUUCAGGGGACUUUCCAGUCUACAGAUUUUGGAUCUGAAAAACAAUGAAAUAUCCUGGACUAUUGAAGAUAUGAAUGGUGCUUUCUCUGGCCUAGAUAAACUUAGGAAGCUGAUGCUCCAAGGAAACAGGAUUAGAUCCAUUACAAAGAAAGCAUUUUCUGGUUUGGAUGCACUUGAACACUUAGAUCUAAGUAACAAUGCAAUUAUGUCAGUUCAAGGAAAUGCAUUUUCACAAAUGAAGAAACUCAAAGAAUUGCACUUCAACACAUCGAGUCUCUUGUGUGACUGCCAGUUAAAAUGGCUACCACAGUGGAUGUCAGAGAACAGCUUCCAGAGCUUUGUAAAUGCCAGUUGUGCCCAUCCUCAGCUGCUAAAAGGGAGAAGUAUUUUUGCUGUCAGCCUGGAUGGGUUUGUCUGUGAUGAUUUUCCUAAACCGCAGAUCACCGUACAGCCAGAAACCCAGUCAGCAAUCAAAGGCUCCAAUUUGAGUUUUGUGUGUUCGGCAGCCAGCAGCAGUGAUUCCCCAAUGACUUUUGCAUGGAAGAAAGACAAUGAAUUACUGCAAGAUGCUGAAAUGGAGAAUUAUGCACACCUCCGGGCACAGGGCGGUGAAGUGAUGGAGUACACUACCAUUCUUCGACUGCGCAAUGUUGAGUUCAGUAAUGAAGGGAAAUACCAGUGUGUUAUUUCAAAUCACUUUGGUUCAUCUUACUCUGUGAAAGCCAAACUUACAGUAAACAUGCUGCCUUCAUUUACAAAGAUCCCCAUGGACUUAACCAUUCGAGCUGGAGCAAUGGCACGUUUGGAAUGUGCUGCAAUUGGGCAUCCUGUCCCACAGAUUGCUUGGCAGAAAGAUGGUGGAACAGAUUUUCCUGCAGCGCGCAAGAGGCGCAUGCAUGUCAUGCCUGAAGAUGAUGUAUUCUUUAUUGUUGAUGUAAAGAUUGAGGACACAGGUGUUUAUAGCUGUACAGCUCAAAACACUGCUGGAAGCAUUUCAGCUAAUGCAACAUUAACAGUACUAGAAACACCAUCAUUUUUGCGGCCUUUGAUGGAUCGAACUGUAACAAAAGGGGAAACUGCAGUCUUGCAGUGUAUUGCUGGUGGUAGUCCUCCACCCCGACUGAACUGGACUAAGGAUGACAGCCCUCUCGUGGUAACAGAAAGACAUUUCUUUGCUGCAGGCAAUCAGUUACUAAUUAUUGUGGAUACAGAUGUAGAAGAUGCUGGAAAGUACACCUGUGAAAUGUCUAAUACGCUUGGGACAGAACGUGGCAACAUCCGUCUUAAUGUAAUUCCUACUCCCACUUGUGAUUCUCCUCAAAAUGUUGCCCCAUCACUUGAUGAUGAUGGAUGGGCCACAGUUGGCAUUGUGAUCAUAGCUGUGGUUUGCUGUGUGGUGGGCACUUCCUUGGUGUGGGUAAUCAUCAUCUACCACACAAGAAGGAGGAAUGAAGAUUGCAGCAUCACAAAUACAGAUGAAACAAAUUUGCCUGCUGACAUUCCCAGUUACCUGUCAUCCCAGGGGACACUAGCUGAAAGGCAGGAUGGAUAUGGCUCAUCUGAAAAUGGCAGUCAUCAUCAGUUCCUCACCUCUUCUGUGGGAGGGUAUUUCUUGCAGCAGAGAGACAGUAAUGGCAUUUGCCAUCUAGAUAACAGCAGUGAAACAGACAUGGAGGGUGUUGCAGAUCCAUUCCUAUGCCACUAUCUGGGGACUUCAGGGACUUUGUAUUUAAAAGGAAACACAUAUAGUUCUGAUGCAUUUGAAGCAUAUAAUGCAAGUUGCAGCCCUGACCAAAGAACAGCAUGCUUGGAUCCUUAUGACUCUGGAUAUUUAAGGAAAAAGGAAUGCUAUCAAUACUUGCCUCCACUGGAUGAUCCCUUUGACCAGUGUGUUGGCAUUAUCGGGAUGCAGGCUGCAAGUAGCAGAUUGAUUAAUUCUGUUUAUACUCAAAAUGAAGGAACUGGAUUAAAAAGCAAGUCUCUGAACUUGGACACAUUUGAUUUAAACAGAAGUUUGGAACCCUCAUCUGUUAUGAGUAACAGCACUUUCAUGGGAACAUUUGGAAAGCCUUUAUGGAGGCCUCAGCUGGACACUCUUUCAAGUUGUAGGCAGCCAACAAAUUGCCAACCGAAAACCUCCCAUAAUAAUCAUCAUGCCUCACUGGACUUUGAUGCAGAGGCAGAUGAAGAGGGAAAGGAAAGGACAGAUUCUAGAGGAGAAAAUAGCUUUUAUACUUGCCAACAGUCAUUUGAAAACUUUAGGACUUCAUCUUUCCAAUCCUGUGAUUUGGAUACAUAGCUUUUUUUGGACUUGCUAUUGAUUUCUGGAACCAAGAAAUACUUUGACAUACUACUACCUCAGUAUGAAACUUUAUUUAAAAAGAGACUAAGGAAAAGAAGAAGGAAAGAAAGAAACCACAUGAUGCUAUGAAUUCUGAAGAAAAAAAUGUAUUUUUAUUCCAAUAAAGCAUAAUUGCCAAAGUGCUCUUCA